GCACAAGAUGGUUAGUGGACAAAGCAGAAGCGUAACACCUUGGUUGUCCAAGCCUACAUCUUCACUAGAAAUGCAUCUUCUUGUAGGCGGUGUGCCUUUCAGUCUGGACAGAGAACUUCUGGCUGCAAGAUCGGCCAAAAUAUCAGCCUUACUUGAAGCGAAUUCCCAGGAAGAUCUUUCUCAUUCCCUCAGAGACAUCCCACCUGAACCAGAGACUUUUGAGCUUGUUUUAAGAUUCUGCCAUGGGUUUGAAGUGCACAUGUCCUCUGAGAAUGUUGUACCACUCACUUGUUUUGCUUGCUACUUGAGGAUGACUGAAAAUCACAGCAGAAAUAAUCUUUUAACUAAGGCUCUUACUUUCUUUGAACAAAGGAUAUUCCCUAGCUGGAAUGAAACCAUUAAGGCUCUCUGUACCGUGGAAAAAAUAUUUCAAGAAUCGGUCAAUUUUGGCUUGGUAGAUGCCUGUUCAGAGUCUCUAAUUAAGAAGGCAUUGGUUGAUCCUAGCCUUCUUGGCGAACCAAUUAAGAAUUCGACGUGUGUUGAUGACAGCGAGGAUGACGACAAUGUCUAUAGGCCAAAUGCAAGGAGAAGGCUCUUUGAUUCUGAAAGGCAGCCGGAGGAUUUGACAAUUCUGCCGCUCCGGCUCUAUGAGCCCAUCAUACAAGCAAUGAAUAAGAGUGGAGUCCCAUCAAAGUAUGUGGCUGCAUCCCUUUGUACAUAUGCAAAGAAGUGGGUUUUUCCCAUAUCCACAGGGUCGGAAAAAAUGUCCAUUAACAAGAGGAAUUCUCCAGGGGAAAUCAUUGAAGCUUUGGAGAGGCUUUUAUCUCAUGAGAGAGGACUCCUUCCAUGCACGUUAUUGUUUGACAUGCUGCAAUCUGCAAUAAUUUUGGAAGCUAAUUCUCAUUGUAGAAAUGGUUUUGAGGUCAGGAUUGGAAAACAGCUAGAGGAGGCGACUGCCAAAGACCUCUUGGUACCUUCUCAGUAUGACACUGAGUGCGUGAGGAGGAUACUGAAAAUUUUCUAUGGAAAUUACACUUCUUCCGACGUAUCAGGGUUAAUCACAGUGGCAGAACUCCUUGAAGAUUUCUUGGUAAUGGGUGCAAGUGACAAAGAUUUGAAGCCAGAGGCAUUUAUUUCAUUAGGAGAUAUAUCGGCUGCAGCAUCAGUAGGAACCCAAAGAAGCUCUGAUGGAAUAUACAGAGCUAUUGAUAUCUACUUGGCCCAGCAUAGAUACCUGACAGAGUCGGAGAGAGAGGAAGUGUGCCGGGUUUUGGAUUGCCAAAAGAUGUCCCCUGAAGCUUGUGAACAUGCAGCCAAAAAUGAAAGAUUGCCAUUGAGGGUGGUGGUGCAGGUUUUGUUCGUGGGGAAGUUGCAACUGCAUGACGCAAUCACCAAGGAGACAAAGGAUUCUGAUGACAGAUUGAGAAAGGAGGAGGAGGCAGGUAAGGAUGUAGCGAAGCUGGACUGUGGUGGGCAACAAGCAAGGGGUGAAAUGAAGAACAUGUGCAGCAAGGUGAUGGGGCUUGAGAGGGAAUGCCAUAUGAUGAGGAAAGAGAUUGAGAGUGGUUUCAGCCGAAGUACUGUGAAAAAAAGGAACGUUAGCAUGUGGAGAGAUAUGAAGAGGAAGUUCGGCUGCAUCAAUAACAUGUACGAUUAUAACUGCCGACCAAAGAAGAAGAACAUGUAGAUUCAUGUUCCAUCUCUUAUUUCUUUGCA